GGGUUGGGUCCGAGCAUCCCGAGGUUCUGGACCUCCGGGCCCGGACAUGGCGACCGCCGGGACGUCCCCGCGAGUUCCGCUGCUGCUUCUCCUGGCCGUAGCAGGGGUCGCGGAGGUGUCAGGGAGCCUGUCCCCGGGCAGUGCGGGUGCAUUGUGUUGUGACCAUUCAAAGGAUAACCAAAUGUGCCGUGAUGUAUGUGAACAGAUAUUCUCCUCAAAAAGUGAGUCCCGACUAAAACAUCUGUUGCAGCGAGCCCCAGAUUAUUGCCCUGAAACAAUGGUUGAAAUUUGGAGUUGUAUGAAUUCAUCUUUGCCAGGUGUGUUUAAGAAAUCUGAUGGAUGGGUUGGCUUAGGCUGCUGUGAACUGGCUAUUACCUUGGAGUGUCGACAGGCAUGCAAGCAGGCAUCAUCAAAAAAUGAUAUUUCCAAAGUUUGCAGAAAAGAAUAUGAGAAUGCUCUUUUCAAUUGCAUUAGCAGAAAUGAAAUGGGCUCAGUUUGUUGCAGUUAUGCGGGCCAUCACACAAACUGCCGCGAGUACUGUCAAGCCAUUUUUCGAACAGACUCUUCUCCUGGUCCAUCUCAGAUCAAAGCAGUGGAAAAUUAUUGUGCCUCUAUUAGUCCACAGUUAAUACACUGUGUGAACAAUUAUACCCAAUCUUAUCCAAUGCGGAACCCAACAGACAGUUUAUAUUGCUGUGACAGAGCUGAAGACCAUGCUUGUCAAAAUGCCUGCAAGAGAAUUCUCAUGUCCAAAAAAACAGAAAUGGAGAUCGUUGACGGCCUCAUCGAGGGCUGUAAGACUCAGCCCUUGCCGCAGGACCCCCUUUGGCAGUGUUUUCUUGAAAGCUCGCAGUCCGUUCACCCUGGCGUCACUCUACACCCUCCACCCUCCACAGGCCUUGAUGGGGCUAAAUUGCACUGCUGUUCUAAAGCCAACACGUCAACGUGUAGGGAACUAUGCACUAAACUUUAUAGCAUGAGCUGGGGCAAUACACAGAGCUGGCAAGAGUUUGAUCACUUUUGUGAAUAUAAUCCAGUAGAAGUGUCCAUGUUGACCUGUUUAGCAGAUGUUCGGGAACCUUGCCAGUUGGGCUGUAGAAACCUUACUUACUGUACUAAUUUCAACAACAGGCCAACGGAGCUUUUUAGGAGCUGUAAUGCUCAGUCAGAUCAAGGAGCCAUGAAUGACAUGAAGCUAUGGGAGAAAGGAAGCAUAAAGAUGCCGUUCAUCAACAUCCCUGUUCUUGACAUUAAAAAGUGUCAGCCAGAAAUGUGGAAAGCAAUAGCCUGUUCACUGCAGAUUAAACCUUGUCACAGUAAAUCCCGGGGAAGUAUUAUUUGCAAAUCAGACUGUGUGGAAAUUCUCAAGAAAUGUGGGGACCAGAACAAAUUCCCUGAAGACCACACAGCAGAAAGUAUUUGUGAACUUCUGUCACCUACGGAUGACCUGGAGAACUGUAUACCUUUGGAUACAUACCUCAGGCCAAGUACUUUAGGCAACAUUGUAGAAGAGGUGACUCAUCCCUGUAACCCCAAUCCUUGCCCUGCCAAUGAGCUUUGUGAGGUGAACCGAAAAGGGUGUCCGUCCGGAGACCCCUGCCUUCCGUACUCCUGCGUUCAAGGUUGCAAAUUGGGAGAAGCUUCUGAUUUCAUUGUCCGCCAAGGGACACUGAUCCAGGUGCCAUCAUCUGCAGGUUCAGAAGUUGGUUGUUAUAAAAUUUGCUCCUGUGGGCCUAGUGGACUCUUAGAAAACUGCAUGGAAAUGCACUGCAUAGACCUCCAGAAGUCUUGUAUUGUUGGAGGAAAAAGAAAAAGUCAUGGAACAUCCUUUAACAUCGACUGCAAUGUUUGUUCUUGUUUUGCUGGCAACUUGGUGUGUUCCACCCGCCUGUGCCUCAGUGAGCACAGUUCAGAAGAUGACCGUCGCACCUUCACAGGUCUGCCCUGCAACUGUGCAGAUCAGUUCGUCCCCGUGUGUGGGCAGAACGGACGCACUUACCCCAGUGCCUGCAUCGCUCGCUGUGUGGGCCUCCAGGACCAUCAGUUUGAAUUUGGAUCGUGCAUUUCAAAGGAUCCAUGUAAUCCUAACCCCUGUCCCAAAAGCCAAAGAUGCGUACCCAGACCCCAAGUCUGCCUGACAACUUUUGAUAAGUUUGGAUGUAGCCAAUAUGAGUGUUUGCCACGACAGCUCACCUGUGACCAGGCCCGAGAUCCUGUUUGUGACACAAACCACGUGGAGCACAGCAAUCUCUGCACUUUGUACCAGAGAGGGAAGAGUCUCUUGUACAAAGGCUCGUGCCAGUCCUUCUGCAGAACCGCGGAGCCCGUCUGCGGGCACAACGGCGAGACCUACAGCAGCGUGUGCGCCGCCUACUCGGACCGCGUGGCCGUCGACUACUACGGGCCCUGCCAGGCCGUGGGCGUCCUGUCGGAGUACAGUUCCGUCACAGAGUGUGCCGCUGUGAAGUGUCCUUCCAUCUCAGCGACCGAGUGCAAACCCAUCAUCCCACCCGGUGCUUGCUGCCCGUUAUGUGCUGGCAUGUUAAGAGUUUUAUUUGACAAAGAAAAACUGGAUACUAUCGCCAAGGUAACAAACAAAAAGCCAAUAACAGUUCUGGAAAUACUUGAGAAAAUCCGCAUGCAUGUGUCUGUUCCACAGUGUGAUGUAUUUGGGUACUUCAGCAUUGAAUCAGAAAUCGUGGCCCUGAUCAUUCCUGUCGAUCACUAUCCAAAAGCUUUGCAGAUUGAGGCCUGCAAUAAAGAAGCGGAGAAGAUCGAAUCCCUCAUCAACUCGGACAGCCCUACUCUGGCAUCCCACGUCCCGCUCUCUGCCCUCAUCAUUUCCCAGGUGCAGGUCUCCAGCAGCGUGCCGUCGGCCGGCGUCGGGGCCAGACCUCCCUGCAGCUCCGGCCUCUUCCUCCUCAGCCUGGGCCUCACCUUGCACGUGGUCCGGACGUGUAACUGACGACCCAUGGAAGGUGCAGUGUGUUCCUCAGUCUGAUUUUCUGCCUGCGAGAGACACGCAGGACCUCUGGUUUGUCGUUGGCCAGUGGCCAAGUUAGGGCCCUCGUCACCUGUUCACCACACAGUAUUUUUUUAUCUGCCAAUAUCGAUAGGGGUUUUGCUUUGUUUUUAUAAAUGGAAAAAUAUGUUCUUCCAAAUACUAAUGCAAAUAGGAUGUUUCCGUCUGGUGGACCACUGCCUUCCGAUUUACAUUUGGCUCAUUAGAUGGGUCCUUCGCUCUAAAUAUAUUCAGUGUCACUGAUAGAUGAGAUGGUCACUUUGUAGAAAAUAACUCACUAUGCAAUGGGCUUUGCAUCACAGAAAGUUCAUUUCAGAGUUCCUCCUGUAAGUAUUAAGGGGCCCCUAAUGUUUGUGUCUUUGUUUACAGAUAAUUGCCCACUCUAUCUAGAAGCUAGGGGUCACAGUAAAGAGCCACUGCCAUUAAAGCAUGGAGUGGAGACAAAGUAUCUUUGGAAUUAUCAUGUGGAUCAUCAGGCAGAUUUAACUUACAGAAAUGUAAUUCAGGACCCCACCUAUUGUGAUAAGUGAAAGCAGGCUACCCAAGUGGCAUUCACAUGAAAUGUGGUGAUCUCGCGGUUACAGACGUGCGUCUGUGACUUUUGUGAAGGGAGAAGUUACGGCACAUCAAAGCAUCUUGCAUUGUGCAUCUAUCUUUACGUCACCCGAGUGUACGUUCUCGGGUGCCACCCGAGCUAAAUUCUGAGUUUGUAAACAUCAAUCUUUAAACCAAUUGCUGCUACUUAUAUAAUUGCCAAAAAGUGAAAUAAUUAGUAGUUCAUGUAAAUACGACAUGAUUUUUCUAUUUUAUUAUGAAGAAGGUGAAUAGCCAUAUUUGUAAAGUGACAAUCAUUCGUGUUAGCCUAAUGCUGCCCGUUUAUGAAGACACAUUUGCUCUGUGUGACGUACACAGUGUAGGUAAGUGUUCGUUUGCCUUCUUUUCUGAGAUAGAGUUAUAAAGAAUUACGGUUUAUAUAUUUAAAAGUGUCAAUCUAAGUAUUAAAAUGUUUGCAUGUUGUCUAAGAAGUUGAAUACUUUGAAUGUUUCACAGUUUGAAAUAAGCUAUUCAGUGUAUACUUCCUGUUUGUGUGCACCUAAACAUAGAUUCCACAUGGAGUAUUUUUCAGUAUUAUAUGUACCCUCUGGAAUAUAUAAGGAUAUGCUUAUACCAAAAUGUUUAAAAGUGGGCACUUAAACUUUCAGAAUAUCUCAAUGCCAAUGUAGCAUGUUUGUUGCAAUUGUUUCUUCUAUAUAAAUGUCUUCAAUGCAAUAUACUGGAAAGCUAUUUUAAUAAAAGUAAUUUUAUAUGGUUA